AGAGAGAAAGAGCGAGAAAGUGAAUGAGGGAGAAAGAGAGAUUACACGGAACAGAAUCUGAUUUGAGGGCGACAUGUUGGUGUCGGCCCUGAUCCUGUGUCUGAUAACCUCCUCCACAGGAGCGGCCCCUCAGCGAGUGGAGGUGAUGGACCGGGUCACGGCCAUUGCUGGACAAGACGUGACGUUGCCGUGCACUUUGCGAGAGGUGGGAGCCUCGUCCUCGGUCACACAGGUCACGUGGGUCAAAGACCCCGAGGGGCAGGGCCUGAACCUGGCCGUGUUCAGCCCCUCCCUGGGCACCAGUCACCCCCUGGGUGGGGCUGAGGGUGGGGGAGGGCACGGACGGUGGGGGCUGCGCUCCCCCUCCCCCAGCUCCGUGCCUCUCACCAUCAACUCCGUGCGGCUCGAGGACGAGGGGAAAUACAGCUGCGAAUACAGUCUGUUCCCCCAGGGCAAGAACGGAGGCCAAACCAGCCUCACCGUGUGGGUCGAGCCGCUGGUCUCGGUGUCCCGGCUCCCGGUUUGGGCCGGAGAUUCCCGGAGUCCGGUGGCUGAAUGUUCGGCCUCGAACGGCAAACCCGGAGCUGAGAUCACGUGGGUCUCGGAUUUUCCGGGAAACACAUCAACGCGAGAAACACGGAACCCGAAUGGGACUCAGUCUCUGACCAGUCGCUACUUCCUGGUUCCCACUCACAACCAACACAACCGCCUGAUCACCUGCUCCGUCACCCAUCCGACUCUCACCCGUCCCGUCACCAUUCCCGUCAGACUGACCGUAUCCUAUUCUCCGAUUGUUUCAAUCAAGAAAUUGGAGGGAAAUUCGAGUGUAGUUUUGCACUGUUUGGCCGAUGGAAACCCAACUCCGUCCGUCUUCACCUGGAGUGUGUAAGUCAGUGUUUCUGUCACACAGUGU